AUGAAAUCGCUUAAAACAGCCAGGAAGUUCGAUUCAGCGGAGAAACGUGUGCAGCCAGAGAAUCUGGAGAGCAAGCACGACGCAAUAAAGCGCCUCAAACUUAAGAAGGAGCGCACUAGUAAAAUCAAAGAGCUUAAAGAAGAAAUCCAUUUUAAGACUGGGAACGAGUACUUCUUCAAAAUGAACUCAUUAAGACAGGAGAACGAUAAGCUCGUAAGAAUUAGCAAGUUUGACAUGGCCGAGAGUAAGCGCCGGGUUAUAAGUCUGAAUUUUGAAAUAAUAAGGAUGGAAAAGAAGCUAAGAAAGACUAUGCCUGUACUUAAACCAGCUAAAAUUGUUUUUGAAGAUUGUCCACAAGGUGUAAAAGUAGAAUGCAGACAAGAACUAAAACCUGAUAAAGAAAGAUUGGCAACAUACAGAGAUUAUCUUGCCAAGCUGUAUAAGACGAAACAACAGAUAGAAAAAAUGAUAGAAAACACAAAAAAGCAAAGGGGUCAGCGAUGAGAGAACGCCUCGAAUAGCAAUUGGCUGGUUCGACACAUCAUGUUCAGCGUACAAUAUUUUGUUCGUACAUGUGUUGCCGGGCCAUUGGCCCGCUGGAAGUAUCACCGAUUUAGAUCAAAACCGAAAAUUCAUAAUGCGUAUAACAACGAGCAAAUACAUGUUUUGUUGUAUAUGAGCAGAUAACAUGCUUUUAUGAUUGCACCGACCCAUUUGCGAUACCUUUUCAUGAUGCAUUACGUUUCUCGUAAUAGUGGCACUCUUGAUCGUCAAAACUGUUGCACCAACCUCGUAGUUUUUUUACUGAAAUACGCUCAUUAUUUAUCUUCUCACACAUCAACAGCAUCCAAACAAAUAUGGCACGAUCUCAUGGCAACAAGAAAUUUAGUUAGACAUUUUCAAUGAAAUGGUACAUGGCCUCUCGUGCCUGUAAAAUAUUUUGCGUGUGUGCAACACUUUUGGCUCAACGCCGGUAUCAAACAAAAAAUAUUGAGCCUGUGAAAAAGGUUGUAUCAGCCACCAUUCAGAAAACAAUCCAUUAAAAGUACCUUAG